AUGGUUAAUGAGACUCCUUUGCAGAUAGCGCAGAAAUAUAAAAAUGCAGGAAAUGUAUAUUUCAAAAUGGGAAAAUAUAAUGAAGCUAUUACUCAAUAUAAUAAAGCAAUCGACAUUUGUCCAAAAGAGAACGUGGAUGAUCUCGCGAUUUUUUAUCAGAACAGAGCGGCUGCAUAUGAGCAAUUGAAAAGAUAUAAUAGUGUGAAGGCAGAUUGUACAAAAGCGUUAGAAUUGGAUCCAAAAUACAUGAAAGCUCUGUUACGUCGGGUACGUAUUUUGGAGCAAUUAGGGGAUUUUGAAGCAGCUUUGAAGGAUAUUACUACUCUGAGCUCUGCCAUAAGCUUGUGGAACAACAAACUUCAACAUCCAAAUAAUUUUCCACAAUUUUUUAAAAAACCAUUAGAAGCGUUAAAAAACGCAGAAUAUGACGAUAUAAUACCGUUGUGCACAGAAAUCAUUAAAAGUGCCGAAUUUGAUAAAUUACCUCCAUCUAAACUAGAAGUGCUAUUAUUACGAGCUACAUUUUACGUACUUUCGGAUGACUACAUUUCUGCAAUCCAAGAUUUUGAAAGUAUACUAAAUAGCGAAGACGUAUCCGAUGAUAUAAAAAUAUGCGUUUUCGUAAGAAGAGCAAAUUUAUACAUGCAACUUGAGAUGUCAGAAAUCGCUUUCAAGGACUUCGAAUUAGCCAUUAGUAUAAAUCCACGUUAUGGCGAUAUCUACUAUCAAAGAGGACAGACAUAUUUACUCAUGAAAAGACUAUGUGAAGCUAAGCAUGAUUUUAAUAAGGCCGUUGAAUGCAAUUCAAACUUCGGAAUGGCAUACUUGCAAACAUGUUAUAUGGAUUUUAGUUUUGCAUACAAUAAUAUGGAUAUAAGAUUAGUUAAAGUGGCAGUGAAAAAAUUGGAAAGAGCUUUCAAAAAAUUCCCAAAUCCUCCUGAAAGUAUAUUUUGUUGUAAUUUGUAUGCUGACAUAAUGUCCAAAACAGAUCACUACAACUUCCAUAAAGCUGAUGCUUGUCUUGUUAAAGCAAUACAGAAAUAUCCGGAGCACGCGUAUGUCUAUGAAACGAGAGGUGCACUGCAAUUCAAGCACGAUAAUGUCAAUAAAGCAAUAGAAUGCUUUAACAAAGCGAUAGAAUUGGAUUACAAAUGCGAAAUAGCAUAUAAACAAUUGGGAAAACUUGAAAUGCAAAGAGGAAACGUAGAGAAAGCAGUAAGAUUAUUUGAUAAGGCAUCAAUAAUUUGUCGUUCAUAUGUGGAACUAUUGCAAAUAUACAUCUUCAGAAACUUUACGAAAGUACAAUUUGAUAUAAAGAAUGAAUUAAGAAGCGUUCCUCCAAUCUUUCAGUUGCUUCUUCAUUUGAUUGCCAUGGAAGAAAAUUUGAUGGAACAAUCCGAUUGGCCUAAAAUGAUUUCUCCCGCUGUCGAACUGAAGAUUCCUUUACAAAUGGGACGCAGAAGUAUAACAAUGUAGGAAAUGUAUAUUUCAGAAUAGGAAAACAGGAUGAAGCUAUAGCUCAGUAUAGUAAAGCUAUCGACAUCUGUCCAAAGGAAAAUGUCGAAAAUCUUGCGAUUUUUUAUCAAAACAGAGCUGCUGCGUAUGAGCAAUUG